AUGACAUUAGGAACAAUUUACAGCCUUGACCAAAGCAUCAGGCAAAUCGACCAAGCCGAAGUCGCCAAGAUCUUCCAUCAAUUGAAGCCCGUUACGAAUGAAACUCUCAUCGGAGAAUGGGAUGCCCAUGUCUUUCCCUCUGAUUCUGACCAUCCCCGUCAUGGUCUAGCAGAGGCAUUGCUACCCUCGGGGAAAACAUUCUACUCUGCUGAUCACGCGCAGAAGGUCGCUAUCAGAGAUGGUAAAAGGAAGAGGCAAGAGUUUUGGGGAGAUGUCUUUACGGCCCAAGCGGAAUUCAAAGGUGUUGUUUCUACUGCAAUCAUCUAUGAUGAUCAUCCUAUGAUUGAGUAUUUUCGAUAUGUGGAUGAUCACACCGUUGCCGGUGCGAAUUGGUAUAAGAAACUCAAAGAUGCUGGGAUUUACUAUUUCUACAUGACUCGCACUGGCAACUUGAAGGAUUGA